UUGGUGCCAAUAAAAUGUCAUUUCGUGGAAAUGAUGCAGUGCGGAGUUAACCCCUCGCGAAGAUUUCCCUAACUAUUUUAACAAAGCCAAUAGGGGCUUUCGCAGGAGGCUCAUAUAAGUGCCGAUCAGAUGCUUUCGUUCCGAUAAUUUGUGUUCAACCGUCUAUGCAGGACAGCGGAACUCUUAUUAAGGACAUGCAGAGCAUUCCAACUCGGGCGAACAUAGAAGAUAGAUGUUGUUCUGGUUCUGCUGUGCGUAAAAUGACUGAUUGUCCACGAAGGAUGCUGAACUUGCUUCAUGGUGCUAAGCAUCGGCGGAAGAGCCGCAUAUCUUUUGAAUUUUCUAAUGAAUCACAGCAGUCAGAAAAAUCGGUUCAAACGUCGCCCAUCAAGCAUCCUAACAAAAACUGGCGAUUUGAGGAUGCCCGCAAAGCGAUUCUUGUAGAAAUGGAUGCUUACAAACAAAUCCGAAAGCCGCUUUCGCUUUUAUUACGUUUUCCGGAUCCAGAAUUAAGCAAAGAAAUCGUGCAAGGUUUUUCCGCUUUUAUCGAGAAUGUAGCAUUUCAUCGCCCAGCUACUCCAAGGUAUUGUGUUGUUUAUUUGAAACCUGAAGCCGAUGUGGAUAGUGUAAUAAGGCAAAUUUCAAACAUUCCAUUUGGUGCGGGAACCAUCAGCGUUGAACGAAAAAUGCGAAACAGUGAUUUGAAACCGGUGGUACAACCGGAGGACAUCGAUCCAUAUACACUGUUCAUUGGAAACCUUCCUAGCAUAAUUACAGUGCACUCAAUGAAACAAAUGUUUCCAGUUGCUAAACGCAUUGAUAUUGGUCAUGCACAGCGCAUAAAGCACACUCGCUAUGCCUUCAUUCGGUUUACGAAUGUGGAAGAAGCAAUUUACGCAUUCCAAGCGAAUCAUAACAAGAUCAUUGAAGGGAAAAAUAUCAUUAUUCGUUUCCGACGACACAAUGCACCUAUUGCUCUUCCGGAGGAUACAACGACACCCAAAACGCCCAAACGCCAAAAGGGUCAACUGAUAGUUUCGGUUGAGCAAAGAUCGAAACGAAAUGUAUCCGCUUGUGCCAAUAGGAAUACUUUGAGUACAAUUAAAUCCGAAAUUUUAAAUCAAAACGACAAUUACGAAACAGCUCAUAGUUUUACGAAGUGUCAGAACGGAAGUCAAAUUUCUGCGCUCAAGACAAACAACGAUGAUACAGAUAUCGAAGAUAGCUUAAACAACGACGAGGAGGAUAUCGAUAACAUACGAGACUUUUUAGACGAACAUGAAGGUGACGAGGUACUUGAUUUGCAUGGAAUAAAUCCAGACGAACACUAUUGCGAAGAUGACGACACGGACAUAGAAAGUGUUGUUAAAACAUAUUGGACUUUGGAACAACUGCAACGCAAUGCAAAUGAAAACAACUCCGUAUCGGGAAAAAAUGACGAAGAACUUGAAUCAGCAACGAAAACAUCAUCAACCAUGCUCAUUAAGCGAAAGGAUCAAAAACCGUCAACUGUUAUCAAAACCAAACGCCGGGAUGACCAGCUCAACGAUUUAUUCAGCUGCUUAGAACCAGAUGAUGAUUUAUCAUUAUGAGAUUCGAUGGAACUGUUUUCAGACUUUAUACAGUAUGUAACGCUUAACUAGUAUUUUCGAGUCCGAGAAAUUCAAGUUUAUUUGUGAUAAGAAGUUAUUAAAGCUUGGUGAGUUUUUUUAAUUUUUUAUAAAGGAGGGGCUUCGGUAUUUUUUUCCUGACACAUGUUUUUAACAUUUUUCCCUGAGUGCUGAUCCUUUCAAGAACAUUGUGUAAAUUUUUUGGAUGAAUCGAGGUAAAACUGACAAAGAUACAGAUUUUUGAAAAUCCGUGCAUGCAGCUCGCUACUUUGAAGAGCGUUUGCCAAAGCCAAGUUUUUCAAAGUAGGUGCCUGUUGCAAAUCGUUGUUGCAACAGAAUCAAAUAAUUUGGGCACAAUUUGUCGGUUACUUAGGUGCUUAUUCUGUACCAAGCGAUUUCGGUGCUUAUUCUGUAACUUGCGAUUACGAUGGCCUCUAGGCGAUGAUUCAUUUGGUUCAUUUUGUGUUCAUUUUGGUAUUCACGAUCGCCUGCAUGUCGAGUGCAUUUUUGUGGUCGACAGCUGGCGUUCUGUUUACAUCGAGCAUCGAGCAUCUGAAAAACAGUUAUAGCGUCCUGAUUGUGCAUCAAUAAUUUCUUUCUGCUAAUCGUAUACUAUUAUAACAAAGGUUAAGUCGUUUUUGAUACAGAAAAAUCUAGUUAAUUCACAGUUUUUUUUACUUCAAACUGUCAUUUUGAAUUGUUUAUUGUUUUCGAAACGUUUCGAAAUUCGCAUGAAUCAUCGAACGCCUGAGGCCAUCGUAAUCGCAAGUUACAGAAUAAGCACCUAUAUUUACGCUUGAGUUUACGCUUCGUGUAUUCCUGGCUUGUUAAAGGCGCUGCCACACUGGUUGCGGUACGUGCGGUACUUGCGGCAGUUGCGGACGCCUUUUGGCUUGUCAAACACGGUAUCCAACGAGGUUGUUCAAACCAAAGUGUCUAUAGGAAACAGGUGAAGUCAUCCCGAACAAAAUCGCUCGCGGCAAUUAGAAAAAUGAAUAAAAAAACUGACAGUUCGUGGCUAUGUUUUGGUUGCGUUGGAGACGCUGUAUUCGCUUUGAGCAGUAAGAAAUCCGUACAGAAAGUUCAAGCAACUGCUCGUUAGAUCUAAAAUUUGGAAAUGUAUCAUUUAAACAGGCAAAAGUACAUAAUAUGCAUGAUAAAACCAUUGAACUUUACCGGAAUCAAACGCACGCUGGUUUGGUGAUGAACGUAUACAGCUGACAGUUAUUUAGGUAAAAGACUAAAAUAGGCCCGCACAACUCACGGUCACUCAGUAGGACCGAAAAAAUCGCUAAUUUCUACAUUUUUAGCAAACAAACUUACAUUAAAAUAUGCGGAAACGUAAAUUAAUGUAUGAGGGAAUGGGGG